CAAGCCAAUAGCAACCAGAGAGAAGUAAUUAUGAAGACCUCUCAGUGCCAAACCAGAGUAUCUCAGAGCGGCAGCGCGAGCUACAUGAGCAGCCUCAGCACCAGCGCAAUGAACCCGCUCAGCAGCGCGAGCCUCAUCCUCCUUGUUCUCCUCAUCUUAGCGAUCCCCAUCUGCAAAAGUUCUCCAAUACAACAGCAGAGAGCAACACUAGACCAGUACCAGCUUCUCAACCAGCUAGAAGAUGUGUGCUCAUCCUACCUUUCUGCAGACCUGCCAUUUCGGAUACCCAAUGUUUUAGGAGAACUCUGUGUGUUGAUGCUUGUACAGAAGUCUAAGAAAGGAUGGGACAAUCCUAGUAAAAGGUCCCCUGUGAUGCACCCUCUCCUGCAGCUAGUUCCUCAACUCCAUACCAGACGAGAGAGAGGAGAGGAGUUUGUAUUCCGCGAUAAUCUCCAGGGACCUGGGGGUAUUCAGAGCAGAGGGUACUUCUUAUAUCGGCCAAGAAAUGGAAGAAGAUCCCUAGAAUUUGAGUAAAUAGUCCCUACUAUACGUUGUACAGAGAUGACACAGAACCAGAUAACCGAACAGGCACAACCAUCUUAGAGUGGUCCAGACCUCCACCAAAACGAUGUUGAAAGAAUGAAGAAACAAAAUGAAGAACAAAGAAAUGAGAGUCUAAGUAAAAUAAUCUUUGUUUGUCCAAAAGUCUUAUUUGUGUUUUGAUGAUGUGUCUUUUGAAUUAAAAGCAUUGUUAUAUGGU